GACAGCGACCUUGGCUCGGCGAAGCAAUGGCCAGAGACUCUGCAGUCGCUUGCGCCCUUCAUCUUCACCCUCCAACACCCAGCCGCCAUCUUUUGGGGCGAGGACCUUGCUAUGAUAUACAAUGAAGCCUGGGAAGCAACAUCGCACAGCGCCUUGAAGCAGGGCAGACCCCCGAACGACGCCUUCAGCAAGCACACGACAGACACUCUUCACGACUACUUUCAAGGACGCAUACCGAGACCCAUCGCCGCCACCGAGUUAUCCAGAAAACAUGCCACCUCUACAGAAAAAUCCCCCGUAAUCUGCAGUCCCAUACACGAUAACACAAAGGUCGCUGGCGUUAUGGUACAAGUAUUUAGUAAAACCCAUACCAAUACCAAAGCUCCCAAGGAAGAGACGUCUGAGAAGGACGAAAGCGACAAAGAAUCAUCUGACCACGAGAUGAACGACUACGUAAACCACGAGGAGACCGCGCUGGACCGCCAACCCUUUUUCCAAAAGUUUGCAGAGAUGCUACCCACUGGCCUUGCUAUUUUGAACCACAAGGCAGAUCCAUUAUUCGUCAAUCACCAGUUCCACGAUCUAACGGCUCAUCGCGGUCCUGAUCAGUCUUUCAAGAUGUGGCCCGAAACCAUCCAUCCAGAUGAUUACGAUAGGGUCAUGGCUGAGUAUCACAAGGCCUUCGACUCUCAGACGGAUCUGGAAACAGAGUUCAGGGCUUUUGGUGAGAAUCAGUGGAGACUCUUCCUCAUGCGCCCACUCGGAAAGAACAACCUUCAGCAAUUCGAUCUCCGACAAUUCGGUGGAUAUAUUUGUGCUCUGAUUGAUGUGUCUGAUAUGAAGAAUGCCGAGCUCGCCCAGACUAGAGUUGCAAAAGAAGCUCGCGAAAGGAAACAGCAACAAGAACGCUUUAUCGAUAUGAUCUCCCACGAGAUCAGAAAUCCGCUUUCUGCUGUGCUGCACUGUGCCGAAAAUAUAUUGGAUGCAGUGCAGGAUGGCGAAGCAGUAUCUGACAACAUCGCUGUGGACGAGAUUGUCGAUUCUGUCCACACAAUCCAGCUUUGCGUAGACCAUCAGAAAACACUUGUCGAUGACGUUCUCAGUUUCUCAAAACUUGACGCUUCGAUGCUUUCACUUGCUCCUAGGGCUACAAAACCAAAGGUACAGAUGGCAGAUACCCUCAAGAUCUUCCAGCCAGAACUGCGCAAGCGAGAUGUCGACUUCAGCUAUACCGUCAGACCUGAGUAUGACAGUUGUAACGUUGAUUGGGUCAUGGCAGAUCUCGUGAGAAUUAGUCAAGUGAUUGUCAACCUUAUGACAAACGCCAUCAAAUUUACGACCAAGUCGGAGCGCAAGAAGAAGAUUGAUAUCGAAGUCGCUGCUUCGAUGGAGAGGCCAACGUCAUAUCCGCCUAACGUCGUCUUCUUCAAAACUGAUGAUCUUAGUCUCAAAACAGAUGCAACCGGCAAUCCUGAGUGGGGCGAUGGAGAGCCAUUGUAUAUUAUGGUCGCGGUCAAAGACACCGGCAUUGGUAUCAGCAAAGAGAACCAGACAAAAUUGUUCGAGCGUUUCCAGCAGGCUACGCCAAAAACAGGACAGAUGUAUGGUGGAUCUGGCCUCGGUCUCAAUAUUGCCCGCAAAAUGUGCCAGCUGCAUGGAGGAGAGAUCGGAGUCAGCUCAGUCGAGGGUGAAGGGUCAACGUUUGGCUUCUUCUUCAGAGUCAGACGAGGCAGCGAGCCUGAAGAUGCCGAUAAGCUGGAGCCGGGAGAGCUUUCGGACAAACUCAAACACGAGAAACACAAUAAUUGCGAGUCUGCAUGCGAUCAAGUGGAAACAUCACAUUCUAGAGCUCAAGAUGACGAGUCACAGCGGCAAAAGAAGAGACCGGCCAAUGCAGGACGAAGCUCACAACAGCCAGAUCCAUCUUUCGAGCAAGUGAAAUUUGCUCAGCCUGAAAGCAACAAGCAAGGCAAGCAAGGAGAAUCCGAAAACGCCAAAAGUGCUGCAAAACAGGCCGACAAUGAUUCUGGCCAAUCUGUAGAGCAAAUUUCGAACCAGCACAGUGAUUCAAGACCUACUAUACUUUUCGUUGAGGACAAUCUAAUCAAUCAGAAACUUCUGAAAAAGAAGAUCGAAUCCAAAGGCUUCAACGUUACGACCGCAGAUAAUGGCAAAGAAGCCCUAGACAUGAUCACGUCUCGGUCAUCCGAACACAAGCCUCCAUUUGACUGCGUACUCAUGGACCAGGAGAUGCCCGUCAUGGACGGCAAGACUGCUUCACGAGAGAUCAGGAAGUUUGAAGGCGACAACAAUUUACCAGCGGUCAACAUCAUUGGUGUGACGGCUAAUGUUAGAGAAGAACAACAAAGUGAAAUGACGGAUGCUGGUAUGAAUGAUGUUAUUGCGAAGCCGUUCAAGAUGGAAGAGUUGCUG